AUACAACUAAUGUUAAUGCGCGUGUUAGAUUAGACAUUUAGACGACGAGGACGAGGUUAUAAAAGCAUGCUAUAGUGCAACAUUGAUGUAUCAGAGAUACUGCCUAAAUUAAACCCCAGUAAAUAAAAGCAAAACAAAAGGAGUAUAUGGAACCCAAGGCGACGGAGUCCGGCCGCCGGCAACUCCAUUUCAUGGUGUUCCCGAUGCCGGUCCCUGGCCACAUGAUCCCCAUGAUAGACGUGGCGAGGAUUCUAGCCCGGUCUGACCGCGGCGUCACCGUUACCAUCUUCACCACGCCGGUCAACGCAAACAGGAUCCGGUCAACGCUCGACCAAGACCGGCGAUCGGGGUACAAAAUCCGGGAGCACGUGGUCCGGUUUCCGUGCGCGGAGGCCGGGCUGCCGGAGGGAUGCGAAAAUGCAGACUUGAUACCCAAGGGUCAAGGCCUCGGACCCGCCUUCCUGGCCGCCGUCUUCAUGCUCCGGCCACUGGCGGAAGAAGCGAUUCGCGGCAGCGAUCCGCCGGUGAGCUGCUUAGUUUCGGACAUGCUGAUUCCGUGGACGGCGGACUUAGCGGAGGCGCUGAACAUCCCAAGAAUCGUGUUCAGCGGGUCGUGCUGCUUCUCCUUCGUCUGCUUGAUGAAAAUCAUGGAGUCCAGGAUUCUGGGGAGGGUGAACUCGGAGACGGAGAUGUUCACCAUCGCCGGACUUCCGCCGCCGUACGACGACAAGAUUGAGCUUUGCAAAGGUCAGGUGAAGGGGUGCGUGGUGGACCUGAUGCAUGAAAACGAGGCCCAGAAAGAGCUGGGGGAAAAGCUGCUCCGGGCGAUGACUUUGGCUCACGGCGUAAUCGUGAACAGCUUCGUAGAGAUGGAGCCGGAAUUUGUGGAAGAGUACAAGAGGAUGUUCCACCAUGGGAGAGUGUGGUGCGUCGGCCCUGUUUCUUUGAGCAUUUACCAGUCCGUGCAGCAGGAUCAGCAGGCGCGAGAAGAAGUGACGAAGAAGAAUGAGAGUGGGGAAGAGGAGCAGUGCUUGAAAUUUCUCGACUCGCAAGCGCCAGGGUCGGCAAUAUAUGUUUCCCUGGGAAGCUUGGCGAGGAUCACGGCGGAGCAGAUGAAGGAGCUGGCUCUGGGGUUAGAGCUAUCGGGGCGGCCCUUCGUUUGGGCGCUAGGGGGAGCACACGAGCAGCGGGAUGCAUUUGAGGAGUGGGCGCAGGCCGAUGGGUUCGAGGAGAGGACCAGAGCGAGAGGGGUGCUGGUCCGCAGGUGGGCCCCGCAGCUGCGCAUUCUCUCCCACCCUUCCACGGGAGGGUUCUUGACGCACUGCGGGUGGAACUCCACGCUGGAAGCCAUCUCGGCCGGAGUGCCCAUGCUGACGUGGCCGAUAUUCGCGGAGCAGUUUGUGAACGAGAAGCUGGUGGUGGACGUGUUGGGGGUCGGGGUCAGCCUCGGGGUGAAGGCGUCCGCUCUGUGGGAAGGGAAUGAGACGACGGCGAUGAGCGGAGUGGUGCUGAAGAGGGAGGAGGUCAAAGAAGGAGUUGGUCAACUCAUGGGAGGAGAAGGGGAAGAGUGCCGGAGGAAAGUCAAAGAGCUGGGGGAAAAGGCCAAAGUGGCGGUUCACAAAGGUGGUUCCUCCCAUCUCAACUUGCUUUCUUUGUUAGAAGACAUUUCCUUAUUUGGCUCUACAAAAUCAUGAGAUUCCCUCGCACUACUAGUAGUUCAAUGUAUCUCGUGUUGAUUAUUUGAUCAUGGAGAAUAUAUGUUCUAGAAUAAUGGUAUUUCAUGCUUCGAAAUUAUCACUAUCAAUUUAGUUGGAUGUUAAGGGAGUUUCGCAAAAAACAAAAUAAGCUUUUUGAUUGCGAGAGGUUGCUGGACAGACCACUUGGCUGGCUUUUGGCGCGGCACUUUACGUUGGACAAGAACUAUUUUAUUUCUGUUUUUUGGUUAUUGUUUGCUUUAAUUAGACUGUUUACUGUUUUUUAUUUUGAUUUAUGAUUGUACUGUAAGACUCUUUCAUUAAGUUUGGGGAUAGUAAGUCUACUUCAAUUGUCUUUGGCUCAUGUAAUCUCAUUAUAGGAUCAACGAGUUAUAUUGCUUGUUUGAAGGUGAUUAACUCCAAGUCUGGUUCGAGGGCUGAUGGUUCUCUGUGGCUCCUUUAUUGAUAACACAUUUUUAAACAACUUUAUUUGUUGCAUCCCAUGAAUAUUACUUGUGAGUCUUCCUCUUAACUACUCUCAU